AUGUCGAAGAGAAAGUUCGGAUUUGAAGGCUUCGGCAUCAAUCGCCAAGCCACAUACAACUUCGAGCGAUCACAAGCUCCACAGAGACUCUACGUUCCACCUUCCUCCCGCUCCAGUGGCCACGACCAUUACGAAGACACCGACUUAGACAACAUCGAGUACGACGACCGUGACAAUUCCAACGACGCCGAUAAUAAUAACGGCAGCGGUGGCGCUGACGCUGACGGUGACAAUGGUGAAAUUGACCCUCUUGAUGCAUUUAUGGAGGGGAUUCAGGAGGAGAUGAAGGCGGCGCCACCUCCCAAGGUCAACGAGAAGUUGGAGAAGUAUAUUGACGACGAAGAGGAUGAUCCGAUGGAGAGUUUUUUAAGAGCGAAGAAAGAUGUAGGGUUGACAUUGGCUUCGGAUGCUCUUCAUGCUGGUUAUGAUUCGGAUGAGGAAGUCUAUGCAGCAGCGAAGGCGGUGGAUGCGGGAUUGCUUGAGUAUGAUUCGGAUGAUAAUCCGAUUGUUCUUGAUAAGAAGAAGAUUGAGCCUAUUCCGGCGUUGGAUCAUAGUUCCAUUGACUACGAGCCUUUUAAUAAGGAUUUCUAUGAGGAACAACCUUCAAUAUCAGGCAUGGGUGAGCAUGAUGUUUCCGAGUACAGGCAGAGCUUGGCCAUUCGUGUAUCAGGUUUUGAUGUUCCAAGGCCAGUUAAGACAUUUGAAGACUGUGGAUUUUCUGUGGAGCUAAUGAAAGCUAUCACUAAACAAGCAUAUGAAAAGCCUACGCCAAUACAGAGCCAGUCUUUACCAACUGUGCUUUCUGGGAGAGAUAUAAUUGGUAUAGCGAAAACUGGUUCAGGAAAAACUGCUGCAUUUGUGCUUCCUUUGAUUGUCCAUAUUAUGGAUCAACCUGAACUUGAGAAAGAAGAGGGUCCUAUCGGGGUUAUAUGUGCACCUACAAGAGAAUUAGCGCAUCAGAUAUAUUUGGAGGCAAAGAAAUUUGCAAAAUCACAUGGGAUACGUGUCUCUGCAGUUUAUGGCGGAAUGUCCAAGCUUGAUCAAUUCAAAGAAUUGAAGGCAGGAUGUGAGAUUGUUGUUGCUACUCCUGGGAGGUUGAUAGACAUGCUAAAAAUGAAGGCACUAACGAUGUUGAGAGCAACUUACUUGGUACUUGAUGAGGCUGAUAGGAUGUUUGACCUUGGAUUUGAGCCACAAAUAAGGUCUAUUGUGGGGCAGAUUCGGCCAGAUCGCCAAACAUUACUCUUUUCAGCAACAAUGCCCCGCAAAGUUGAAAAGCUUGCUAGGGAAAUUCUCAGUGAUCCUGUAAGAGUUACUGUGGGGGAGGUUGGAAUGGCCAAUGAGGAUAUUACUCAAGUUGUUCAAGUAAUUCCUUCAGACGCUGAGAAGUUGGCUUGGCUUCAUGAAAAGCUACCUGGACUGAUCGAUGACGGUGAUGUUCUAGUUUUUGCUUCGAAAAAAGCCACAGUGGAUGAGAUUGAAUCACAGCUUACUCAGAAGGGGUUUAAAGUUGCAGCUCUUCAUGGUGACAAAGAUCAGGCUUCUCGUAUGGAAACAUUGAAAAAAUUCAAGUCUGGAACAUACCAUGUUCUUGUUGCAACUGACGUUGCUGCUCGUGGUCUUGAUAUCAAGUCAAUUAAGUCAGUGGUCAACUUUGAUAUAGCUAGAGACAUGGAUAUGCAUGUCCAUCGAAUUGGAAGAACAGGUCGUGCUGGUGACAAAGACGGAACUGCAUACACUCUGAUCACCCAGAAAGAGGCAAGGUUUGCGGGUGAAUUGGUUAACAGUUUGGUUGCUGCUGGUCAGAACGUGUCUGCGGAACUGAUGGAUCUUGCUAUGAAGGCGGGAAAAGGGCCAAAGGAAGGGGAGGCAGUGGUCGAGGUGUGCGUGGUGUGGACUUUGGUUUGGGUAUCGGAUAUAAUCCGGAAUCCAACAAUACUUCAUCAAAUGCUGUUUCAAGUCGGCCUGCAGCUGUUAAUUCACUGAGG